CAACCGGAUGGUGUUCGGUGGAGGAAGUUUUGUGAGUUUCCCGUCCGUUUUGGUUGACUUCGUAUAUUUUACGUGUUUAUAAAAACACGUUAUGACAUUUCAUUUAAUUUGUGAAGGACACAAGUUAUAAUAGCUUAAUUUUCUUUGACAUAAAAGAGCACUGACGGGUUCGUAGGUGGUGGACCUCAACACUUCAGAGUAACCUGAGCACCAGUCUCCAGCAAAAGAGCCUUUCGUUUGGGAGCCGAACCGAUCCAACGAAGCCAUGGGGAACCGGGGGAUGGAAGAUUUGAUCCCCCUUAUCAACAAACUUCAGGAUGCUUUCAGUACCAUCGGCCAGAGCUGCAACUUAGACCUGCCUCAAAUUGCUGUAGUCGGUGGACAGAGCGCUGGAAAAAGCUCUGUCUUGGAAAAUUUUGUUGGCAGGGACUUUCUUCCGCGGGGGUCAGGCAUCGUCACCCGGCGACCUCUCAUCCUGCAGCUGGUCAACAACAAAGCCGAGUAUGCCGAGUUCCUGCACUGUAAAGGGAAGAAGUUUGUGGACUUUGACGAGGUGCGGAGUGAGAUUGAGGCGGAGACGGAAAGGAUCACAGGCUCCAAUAAGGGCAUCUCUCCCAUCCCCAUCAACCUGAGGGUCUACUCCCCACACGUGCUCAACCUGACCCUGAUCGACCUGCCGGGGAUGACCAAGGUGCCGUGGGGGGACCAGCCUGUGGACAUCGAGCACCAGAUCAGGGACAUGCUGCUGCAGUUCAUCACCAAGGAGAGCUGCCUCAUCCUGGCCGUCACGCCGGCCAACAGCGAUCUGGCCAACUCGGACGCCCUCAAGAUCGCCAAGGAGGUGGACCCGCAGGGGCUGCGCACCAUCGGCGUGAUCACCAAACUGGACCUGAUGGACGAGGGGACGGACGCCAAGGACAUCCUGGAGAACAAGCUGCUGCCGCUGCGUCGAGGCUACAUCGGCGUGGUGAACCGCAGUCAGAAGGACAUCGACGGGAAGAAGGACAUCCGCGUGGCCCUGGCGUCCGAGCGCAAGUUCUUCCUCUCCCACCCGGCCUACAGGCACCUGGCUGAGCGCAUGGGCACGUCGCACCUGCAGAAAGCCCUCAACCAGCAACUGACCAACCACAUCAGGGACACGCUGCCGGGGCUGCGCAGCAAGCUGCAGAGCCAGCUCCUCUCGCUGGAGAAGGAGGUGGAGGAGUACAAGAACUUCCGCCCCGACGACCCCACGCGCAAGACCAAGGCCCUGCUGCAGAUGGUGCAGCAGUUCGGGGUGGACUUUGAGAAGUGCAUCGAGGGCUCCGGAGACCAGGUGGACACCAACGAGCUGUCGGGAGGCGCCAAGAUCAACCGCAUCUUCCACGAGCGCUUCCCCUUUGAGCUGGUCAAGAUUGUGUUUGACGAGAAGGAGCUGAGGAGAGAGAUCAGCCACGCCAUUAAGAACGUCCACGGUGUCAGAACGGGCCUGUUCACCCCAGACCUGGCGUUUGAGGCCAUCGUGAAAAAGCAGAUCAUUAAGCUGAAAACGCCCUGUCUCAAAUGUAUCGAUCUGGUCAUUCAAGAGCUCAUCAACACAGUCAGGCAGUGCACCAACAAGGUAUUGCAGGUGUCCGGCAUCUCCCGACCCAGCCCGGCCACAGGGCGGCGCACCUGUGGGUGGGGGGGGGGGCACACCGGCACAGAGCAUCCUCUCCGCCCAUCCACGUUCCGUUUCACCAGGAGUAGGAAAGGGAGUAGGCGAGGUCAACGGACUGUUAGGACUCUGGAGGAAAAACAACAAAAAAGUCACUCCGUAAUCAGUUGCAGCUUUUAUUUAGUCAAGACAGGGUUCAGAUGCCACACGGCACAGCCUCGCGCGCAGCUGAACUGCCCACCGAGGCCUCACAUCACCAAUUCAACCAGUCUGAACGACAAACCUGUUUCUCGCUCCAACCUCCCGUCACACCCCGUCCCCCUCCCCCUCCACCCUUUCUCCGUCUCCCAGGUGAUCCGCAAAGGCUGGCUCACCCUCAACAUCAGCAUCAUGAAGGGAGGGUCCAAGGAGUACUGGUUCGUCCUGACGGCAGAGUCCCUCUCCUGGUACAAAGACGAGGAGGAGAAAGAAAAGAAGUACAUGCUGCCCUUGGACAACCUGAAGCUGCGAGAUGUGGAGAAAGGCUUCAUGUCCACAAAGCACAUCUUUGGCAUUUUCAAUACAGAGCAGAGGAAUGUGUAUAAGGACCUGCGCCAGGUGGAGCUGGCCUGUGACUCCCAGGAGGACGUAGACAGCUGGAAGGCCUCCUUCCUCAGGGCCGGAGUCUACCCUGAGAAGGACCAGGUGGAGAACGAGGACUCUGCCCCAGCAGACACCUUCUCCAUGGACCCCCAGCUGGAGCGCCAGGUGGAGACCAUCCGUAACCUGGUGGACUCCUACAGCGGCAUCGUCAACAAGUCCAUCAGGGAUCUCAUGCCCAAGACCAUCAUGCACCUCAUGAUCAACAGCGCCAAGGACUUCAUCCACUCCGAGCUGCUGGCCUACCUGUACUCGUCCGGGGACCAGAACAGCCUGAUGGAGGAGUCGGUGGACCAGGCCCAGCGGCGGGACGAGCUGCUGCGCAUGUACCACGCCCUCAAGGAGGCGCUGCACAUCAUCGGGGACAUCAGCACCACCACCAUCUCCACCCCCGUGCCCCCGCCCGUCAACGACGGCCGGAUGCCGGAGGCCAGCCCCACCCCUCAGCGCAGGCCGGCCGCAGCAGCCCCUCCCCCCAGCCGUCCGCCGGGCGUGCGAGGCCAAACCCCGGGGCCGCCCCUAAACCCCUCUCCUGCGUUCGGGGCUCCCCCCAUCCCCUCGCGCCCCGGCCCGCCCAUGAACGCCUUUAGCAGCAACAGCGGCCUGGACCCCUUCAGCGCCCCCCCUCUGAUCCCCUCUCGGCCAGCCCGUAUCCCCCCUGGUGUGCCCAGCAGAAGACCACCAGGCGCACCUCAACGGCCCACCAUUAUCCGCCCCGCCGAACCCUCCCUGCUAGACUAGAACCGAGCCCAGGCCCACCUCUGUGUGUGUUUGUGUUUUGUUUUAGCACUGGGGCCGAGUAGGGGGGGGACGGGCGGGGGGGGGACGGCUCCAGCCUUACUUUCACAUAGUCGACUCAACUGUUGUCAAGCUGCUUCCUUCUCUCUAAUCUCAGACCCACGUUGGCCACUUCCCCUCGUGCCAAACAAGUAGCGAAACCUUAACAUCUCGAGUAUUUCGAAGCUGGUUUGAGAUUGGAAUGGGACUGGUGUGGGUGUGCGAUUGGCUGCUGUCUCAUGUUGGGCCAGCAGGGAGCAGCCUAGCCGAGGGUUGUCUAGGUCUGGAGAGCUGCGGUAACCUGCCUCUCGACGAUGAUCUGUCAGGACCUAUCGCCCCGGAGAAACCCAACGGUUCAUUUCGGGUUUGACGAAAGUUCACCGCGGCUUCUGUUGAAGUCGCAAAUCCGAGACAAACAAGGCUGUCCGUCCCUCUCCCCCCCUCCUCCCCCCGGCGUGCCUUAGUGACUGAACCUAGACCUCUGUGAGAUAUAAAACACACUCAUUCUGUUGUUCAUUUGUUCUUGGUUUCAUACUGAAAGGAAAAAAAAAAAACAAUAGGUUAUUAUUGCUGUUAUGACGAUGAUGAUGAUGGUGGUAUUGAUGUUAAUUACUUUGUGUCAUGUUAUUUUUAUUUCAGUGUCCGUUUAACGACCCCCCCCCCCUCCCCCCUUAUCCAUAGCUCCCAAGCAGCUCUCUAACCCCACCUGAAAGAGGCACAUAGAGACUAUUUAGCAGGGCUACUAAUGACAAACCCGUUGUCAAAAUAUCCUGCCGUGAUGAGAGGUUGUCAGCUAGUUUGACCACUUACACCGAGCACUUCUAACUGUUUAUCCUUCCAGGCCACUCACAGGCUCGUGGGCGGGUACUUUCAUUACUAUGAGACUAUGCACAGCAAACAUAGGAGGGAGAGAGAAGGUUCCGGCACUCUGCGGGGGGUGCUUUUUCCUCUGCUAAUUCUCCGUCGUAGAACCUCCUAGAACAGAACCCUGGAAGUCUAAGCUCGUCGACGGAAUCGUUGUUCUCUUAGGGCAGAAACGGGCGAGAGGGGGAGUGAUGUCACCUUUCAGUGAAAACAGGAACAGAAAGGGGGGGUGAAAGGGUGGGUGGGUGGAAGUUGUGGGCAGGCAAAGAGAUGUCACAUCAUCCCAGCCUGACCCAGAACCAGAGGCCAUGAUGGAUAGAUCUGCCUGGUGUCUAUAGAAUGCCUUUGUACAUAACUUUAUGCUGGAUGGAGAGUCUCCAUUGAAACAAAUGAAAAAAUAAAAAGAUAGGGAUGUCUCAUUUUAACAUAAUAAAAUUCAAUAAACAAAAGGAAAGCUAAAAACGUUGUUAUGGACUAUAAUCGACGCCAAACAUUUUAAUUGUAAAUGUAGUGAUCGUACUAAUGGAAGCACUAACACAGCCGUUCUAGCUUGGUGUAGGGAAGAGAUGACUCAUCUCCUGAUGCAUUAUUUAUAACCCGGGCAUUUUGUCAUUGUAUUGUUUUGAUGGCAACCAUGCCGGCUGUAUAGAAUCCCUUCCCUCUGAGAGCAGAUGUCCCAGGUGUCCCAGAGCCCUCCCUGGACCCCUACAGGGUCUCUCAACCCAGAGGGUGAACAGGAGUAGAGAGCGUCUCCACAGCUGGCAUUAUUUGCUGAUGAACAACUUUUUGAUUGCUCUGCGGGGGCAUGUGAUCAUUGUUUUUGUUUUUUUUCUUCCUUGAUUUCACUUUAUUUUCUUGGGGUGUUAGAGGGUAGGGAACGUGAAGUUGAGUGAUGGUGGCCUACUUACAUUUUCCUCCUUUUGAAUUCUAAUCGAAGUUUAGCGGGUGGUGGGAGUUAAACUCUUUGGUGUUUGCAUAUUCUGCCCAGAAAGGCUGUCUGGACUAUCCCUGACGCUCAUCUCCGGAAGCCUUCGUAGCCUCAGCCCCUCUGCAUGAUGGAACUGGCUGAAGGUGUUAAACCACAGCCUCUCUGGGCAGGAUGUUGUCUUCUCUUCAGUUUCACCCCAGGUCUGGCUACCGUGGCAGCACAACAGAAACUCCCCUUAAAUAAGGAGCAGUAAUGCAUCCAAACUCAAAACACGAGAGGUCUAUAUUUUGCGACCAUCAACGCUGACGUGAUGCAUAAAUGUUAUGGGGGUUCCGCAUAGACCCAGGUGGACAAAAUUCCUAUUUCGGACUGUCACUGUAGCCUGUAUCUGGUCACACCCCUGUGUCCUGUAAUUGGUAAGGUUUUGCUGACUGUUUGUGUCCAUGAUGGAUGUCCCCUGCUUCCAUCCCCUGUUCCCCCAGCCCUCCCCUCCCCUCUCUGGGUCCGAUGGGAUAGGGCAAGAAGCAGAGCUGCAGAUACCUUUCUUUUGUUUUUACAAAGCCUUUGUCAAGUGCCUCUGUAGCAAUGAAUGGAUUUGAAUAAACAAAUGAAGCGAUUUGGGAAAGAAAAGGCGAGCUAAUAAAGAGGUCUUGUGUACAAUAAAGGGACUGGCUGUG